CAGAAGAUAGUUGGAAUAAAUUGCAAAUUGAGUUCACAGUUCAUAACGAAGCUUAUCAACAUGGGUGAAGUGAAGGUGAUUGGAUCAACUUUAAGCCAAUUCUGCACGAGAAUUGAAUGGGCUCUGAAGCUUAAAGGGGUUGAAUAUGAAUACAGAGUGGAAGAUUUAAUGAACAAGAGUCCAAUCCUUCUGAAAUACAAUCCUGUGCAUAAGAAAGUCCCUGUGCUGGUUCACCAUGACAAACCGAUUGCUGAAUCACUUGUAAUUCUUGAAUAUAUCGAUGAGUUGUGGAAGGAAAAGUACCCUUUACUGCCUGAAGAUCCAUGUGAGAGAGCCAUGGCUCGCUUCUGGGCUAAAUUUGCUGAUGAGCAGUGUUUGAUGGGUGCAAUUGGAGCUUGCUGGAAAGAAGGAGAAGAAAAGGACAAAGCAGUGGAGUCUGCAAUAGAAUCAUUUGUCUUUCUUGAGAAGCAGAUUGAAGGAAAGAAAUAUUUCGGUGGAGAAGAAAUAGGAUAUCUGGAUCUAGCAUUGGGUUGGAUCCCUCACUGGCUGAAGGUAAUGGAACAAGUUGGAGAAAUGAAGUUGGUUGAUGGUGAGAAAUUGCCAUUGCUGAAUGAAUGGUGCCACAACUUCAUCCAAAUUCCACUCAUCAAAGAAAGCCUUCCCCCAAGAGAAAAGCUUGUCAACUAUGUGACUGCUAGUGUAGGCUACAUGCGCUCUUUGGCACCCAACAACUAAUAAUGAGUUGAUCUUAACUUACUCUUUAUUUUAUGGUUUAUUGCUUGGGACCUCUUGGAAAGAGGAUAUAUAACUAGGGUUUAAUUUGUUGCUUCUGUUCUCCUGUUUUGUUUUUUGUGUUUUAGUUGUUAAUGUAAGGUUAUCAUUCUAUGA